CCUCGGGGGCGGGGCGUGAGGCCGGGCCGAGGCCGGGGGCGGCCGGGGCGGUAAACAGGAGCGCGAGGCCCGGGCGGCGGGCGCGGAGCUGAGUGGAUCGAGCACAGAAAGACAUCAGCCAUGGCAGGUGAUGCCAUCAUGGUCAUGAGAGGCUUCACAAAGCUGAGUAAAGCAAUCGUGGAAACCCAGGUGGGUCAGCUUCGGCAGGUCUUCCUUGGAGGUGAUGCAGUUACCAUUGCAAGGACUGUACAGGCCACUGUUGAAGACCAGUUGAGUUCUGCCUUGGGCAAAGUGCAGGAAUUAGGCAAACAGCAGGAGAACUUGGCUGAUCUCAGUGAUAAGUUUUGGGAAGAUUUUGGGAAGGACUAUGAGUUCUCAGCCCAAGAGCGAUCCGAUGCUCCAAUGGACUUCUCCACUUCCCCUGGCAAGCUUCACCAACACAGCAGCGAAGGCCCUGCUUACUCUUACACUACAAAUGGACCUUUUAAAAGUGCUGGUGAUGCUGGAGAUUCUGACAUGGAUCAGAAAUCUUCUCCUCCCAAAAUGGAUGCGAGGUUAUUUAGAGGCUUCAGGGACCCUGGAAAUCCUUUUGCUGCUACCUUUGGACAAAAUAGGGCUUUUCACCAAGACCAUUCCUCUGUUGGUGGAUUAACAGCUGAAGAUAUUGAUAAAGCCAGACAGGCUAAACCAGGUUCAGGACAGAAACCCUAUAAACAGAUGCUCAGCGAGAGAGCCCGGGAGAGGAAGGUUCCUGUCACGCGGAUCGGACGGCUCGCCAACUUUGGAGGACUAGCUGUUGGCCUUGGCAUUGGAGCGUUGGCAGAAGUUGCAAAGAAGAGCCUUAGACCUGAGGAACGCAGUGGAAAGAAAGCAGUGAUGGAUUCCAGCCCAUUCCUGUCAGAGGCCAACGCAGAACGAAUCGUGAGAACCUUGUGCAAGGUCCGGGGAGCAGCACUGAAGCUGGGACAGAUGUUAAGCAUUCAAGAUGAUGCCUUCAUCAACCCCCACCUGCAGCGGAUUUUCGAGCGUGUCCGUCAGAGUGCUGACUUCAUGCCCAUAAAGCAGAUGAUGAAAACCCUGAACAAUGAUCUUGGCCCCAGCUGGAGGGACAAACUGGAGUCCUUUGAAGAACGUCCCUUUGCUGCUGCUUCAAUUGGUCAGGUUCACCUGGCACGCUUGAAAAAUGGGAAAGAAGUUGCCAUGAAAAUCCAGUACCCUGGAGUCGCCCAGAGCAUCAACAGUGACGUUAACAACCUGAUGACUGUCCUGAGCAUGAGCAACAUUCUCCCUGAAGGUUUGUUCCCUGAACAUUUGAUUGAAGUCGUGAGCAGAGAGCUGGCCCUGGAGUGUGACUACCAGAGAGAAGCUGCCUGUGCAAGGAAAUUCCAGGAGCUGCUGAAGGACCACCCCUUCUUUUAUGUCCCAAAAGUAAUAGAUGAGCUGUGCAGCAAACACGUCCUGACCACAGAGCUGGUGUCUGGCUUCCCCUUGGAUCAAGCUGCAGGGCUGAGCCAGGAGAUCCGAAAUGAGAUCUGUCACAACAUCCUAGUGCUGUGUCUGCGGGAGCUGUUUGAAUUCAGGUACAUGCAGACUGACCCAAACUGGUCAAACUUCUUCUACGACCCACAGCUGCACAAGGUGGCCCUGCUGGACUUUGGAGCAACACGAGGGUUUGAUGAGAAGUUCACAGAUGUCUACAUAGAGGUAAUCAAGGCAGCUGCUGACAUGGACAGAGAGAGAGUUCUGAAGAAGUCCAUUGAAAUGAAAUUCCUCACUGGCUAUGAAGUCAAGGAAAUGGAAGAUGCCCACUUAAAUGCUGUCCUCAUCCUGGGAGAGGCUUUUGCAUCCGAGGAGCCUUUUGAUUUCGGCAACCAAAGCACCACGGAAAAGAUCCACGGUCUGAUCCCGGUCAUGCUGAAGCAUCGGCUGAUCCCUCCACCAGAGGAGACCUACUCUCUCCAUCGGAAGAUGGGGGGUUCCUUCCUUAUCUGCACCAAACUGAAGGCCAAAAUCCCCUGCAAAAACAUGUUCCAAGAGGCAUACAGCAAAUACUGGAGCAGCAGAGGCAAGAAGCCAGAGGAGUAGGAAGGAUUUGAACUAAGGAUGUCUCGUUCUGAGGGCGCAGUUCACCUGAGCCUUGCAGAGAGCGUUCUAAGCCUCCCAUGCAUUGCACCCCAGUUCUCCAUCCUCUUGAGAUGCAGCAGCUCUGCCCUGGAAUCCAAGGGUGUGUUUCACAAGGACAAAGCUGUUCUGUCGUGCUCUGUGUGUGUCCUACGCUGACUGCCAGUGCAGGAAGCUAUCUUCUUUGAGUGCUUCUCUACUGUGGCAAGGCAGCAGCUGACUACCUGGAGUGCGUCGGUAACGUGGUGGUGGUGGUGGCUGCAGAUUGAUUGGGGAGGGGAAAGGAGGACAAAGAGUAGCUUUGAAUAUGGAAACCCUGUUUGCAAUUCUCCACAAAUC